GAUUGUAAAGUUUUGUAUUUAAGGUGUCGCACAUCGAUUCGUUUAUUCGUUUGCCUUAAUUUGCAGCGCAAGGAAGCACACCCUGUUGCUAUUGUACAAUACUUUCGCAUCUUUUGCUUUAGGAUACUACAGCAAUAAAUAUACAUUAAUUUUUUUGUUUUUUUAUUGGUCACCACAAGAUCAGAGAAAGGUAUUCUUAUUGAAGUGAAGCGUAUGGUCAAACUACGUACACAUUUUUAUAUCGAAAACGUUGAAAGGAGCAAAAUAAUAAUAAGAAGAUGUUCAAAUAAUGAUUAUAUAUAGUGAUUCAGAAAUUCAAAUCGAUGUUAGUGUUCGAUUAAAAGCCAAGCGAGAAUGAAUUAAUUGAAAAGAAAUUGAAAAAGAAGCAAAUAAUCUCGUUUAAUAAUAACACAAAAUUUCGAACGAAUAAAACGAAACUACGGACAAAAUAAAGAUUAAAAAAUUUAAAAAAAAAAAACAAAAUUAUAAUUAAUAUUUUUUUAAUAUUUUUCUAAAAGAAAGAAUUUCUACGCGAUUUAUCCGGUAAGACAGGAAUAUCAUCUUACGAAUGUGCGUUUGUAAAAAUCCACUUAUGAGUUUUGAAGUUGUGAAGGUGCUCAUCAUUGUCAUACGUUGCAAUUUUCUUCGUUUCCCAUUUUCUUACCCAUCAUCGGAGCAAAGCGAAUAUUCUCGAUCAGCGAAGGAGUUUGGCUGGGGACCAGCGUUGCCCGUCCUAUAAUUCUCAACUCGUCUCAAACUGAGAUAGAAAACACAACUGUGACAAAUACAAACUUACAUUCAAAAGUCUAAUCGCCCAAGUCACUUGACUCGUCCAGAGAUUCAUUUAUAAUAGCCAACUAACUGGAACCCGUUCUAUUUUUACUUUGUAGAUCGUGACGAGUGAAUUGUUAAAAAUUAAAGAAAAAAAAGAUGUGUUGAGAUGACUUAUGUUGAUUAGCUCUUGCUUCAGUGCUCUCAAAAAGUUAUCAAGAGAAAAGUGUUUCAAGGGAAUUUAGAAAGUCUUGCGGGUCCAUAGAUUUGAAAGUCCAAAAUCUCCUUGAGUUCGUAAACUCUAGUUUAUAUGAAUUUUUUUUGAAUUUUCAUAGAUGCUAAAUGUACGUAACAUUUUUCCUUUGAACAUUCAGUUGAGCAACAACGAUGAUAGGUUCCACUUAUGGGAAAUCUAGUUAAAGAACGUUCCCAAAAAAUUGGGAAUUGAUAAGACCAAGGACCGGCUUUUGAAUAGUGAAGUAGAAUCGGUCGAUGUGGAUUGUGAACUCGCUCGCUCGCUGUAACGAGUGGAGCCAUAUCGAUUAAAUAUUUUAUUUAAAACGAAAAGGUUAUGGUCAUGAAACUGUUAUUCAUUAUUGAAACAUUAAUUGUGUGUUAUGUAAGCGCGUCAUCAGCACGUUAUAAAAAUAUUCCGCAUUAUCAACAACAAUUUCCCGAAGUGUUAUAUCAAUGGAAUCAGUUGGAUUAUGUUUUCCCGAACGAAAAUGCGUUACAAACCGCUUUGGGUGAUCAAACUUUUAUCCCAGGCAGUGGGGUACCGGUAGAUGUACAGCCCUAUUACAACCAGGCUGGAGAUUUAAAAGUGUUUGUUACCACACCUCGAUUCGGCAUGGGUGUGCCCUACACUUUAGCCUCGAUUCGUGACAAUUCUAGUAUCGAGGCAUAUCCAAGCUAUGAAUGGCACAAUCGCGGUGACGAUAAAUGGGAUUGUGAUAAAAUAAGUUCGGCAUUUAGGACAGCCAUAACUGAAUGCGAACAAUUGUGGGUUCUUGAUUCCGGCAUGGCGGCGGACGAGUUUAAAUGUCCACCGCAGCUAUUGUUAUUCGAUCUGAGAAACGAUGAAUUAGUUCACCGCUUUCGUUUUAACAAUUCAUUGUUCACAGCUUCUGCAUCUUUGUUUGUGACCAAUGUGGUGCAAGUACACGAUCCUCCACCAGCUGGCAAUUGCCAGGAUGCCACCUUAUAUGUAGCCGAUACCGAUCAUCAUGGCUUGGUGGUCUAUGAUUACGGAAAGGAUGCAGCAUGGCGAGUGGAAAAUAAAUUUAUGUAUCCGGAUCCGGAUUUUGGUACGCAUACUGUGGCCGGCCAACCCUUUAAUCUAAUGGAUGGAAUUAUUGGCUUAAGCUUUGACGAGCAGUAUUUAUAUUUCCAUCCAAUGGCCAGUAUAACCGAAUACGCUGUCCCUUUACAAAUUAUCAAUAACAGCACAUUGUUCGCUGGAAAUAAAGAAGCCGCAGGGGAUGAAUUUAAGCCCAUUGCCAAACGUAGUAGUCCUUGCGUCCCGUCGGCUAUUGACAGCAAAGGCAUCUGGUAUUGCGUGACAUUCAAUCCGAUUGAGUUGCUAGCAUGGGAUAUUAAAAAGAAUCUGAUAGAAAAAUUAGCGAUAAGGAGAGAACAUCUUGAGUUUGUAGGCGGCUUGAAAGUUAUUAAAAAUAAAGAAGAUAACGACGAAUUGUGGAUGUUAUCUAACCGUUUUCAGAGAUUAUCAAGCGGCACUGUGAACAGCAAUGAAGUGAAUUACCGCAUAUUGAAACGACGUUUGGAUAGAUAGUUUAAAUGAAUAUUCUUUAAUGACUUCAUGCAUAAAAAUUAUUUUUAAUUAUAUUUAUAAAUAAAAUGAUGACCUUUCUGUUGGAUUAAC